AUGGUAUUAUUAACUUGUCACCUUCGCACCUUCACUCAACCACAUGGUCCGCAUUCACUGUAUAACCUUAACCCGAGAAUCCACUAUCAUCCGCCAUACUUCUUCAAACAACCACGCCAUCGACGUUCCAAUUCCGGCCAAGCUUUGAAAUCUCGCCGCGGGGAUUUUACGAUUCUUAGCUCGUUUAGCCAGCCACCUCCGCAACAGCCUCCCAGAACACUGUUUCCCGGCGGUUAUAAGAGGCCUGAGAUUAAAGUGCCAAAUGUGGUGCUCUUUGUGAGUACCGAGGAAGUCUUGGGGGAAAGGAAUGAAGGUCUUGAUCUUCUUGAUAAGGCAGUGGCUAAUUCUUUGGUUGGAAUUGUUGUGCUCAGUGGCGCUGGAGCAAGCGUUGGCCGGUUGUAUGAGGCGGCUUGCUUAUUGAAGUCGGUGAUCAGAGACCGGGCGUAUUUGCUCGUCGACGACCGUGUCGACAUUGCUGCCGCCGUCAAUGCCAGUGGAGUUUUACUCUCUGAUCAAGGUCUUCCCGCAAUAGUGGCUAGGAACAUGAUGAUAGAUUCGAAGUUAGAUUCUGUAGUUCUUCCCCUGGUAGCUAGAAUCGUUCAGACGUCCAAUUCUGCUUUAGAUGCAUCUGUGUCUGAAGGAGCUGACUUCCUGAUAUUCACUUUUCGGGGAGAUAGCCCUAGGGAGGAUUUGGUGUCGUCUGUGUUUCAAAAUGUGAAAAUUCCUAUUUUUAUCAUGUUUGAUUCACUUAGAGAUGAUAAAAAAACUUUUGAUGAGGCAUCAUACUUGGUGAAAUCUGGAGCUAGUGGAUUAGCUUUGUCGUUGCAAGAUUUGAAGUUCUUCGGUUGUGAUGAUUCUGGCAAAUUGUAUCGUAAUGUGUAUGCAUCGGGCAGGACUGUGGAUGAAAAGGUUGACGGGAUGAAUCUCAUAGAUGUAAAUAACGGUUACUCUGGGAAGUCGGGGGUGGCAGGUUUUACCAAGAUCGAGGAACGAGAAAAGAAGUUUGUGGAAACUGAAAGAUCCAUUCUGCUCGAAGCCAUUGGUGUCAUGCAGCGAGCUGCUCCUCUGAUGGAGGAAAUUUCUCUUCUCGUUGAUGCUGUUUCUCAACUUGAUGAACCGUUUAUGCUGGUUAUAGUGGGAGAGUUCAAUUCUGGGAAAUCAACAGUAAUAAAUGCUCUUUUGGGGGACAGAUACCUGAAAGAUGGAGUUGUUCCAACCACCAAUGAGAUCACCUUUCUACGCUACUUAGGGACUGAGUUUUCUGAGCCAGAGCACUGUGAAAGGCACCCAGAUGGUCAAUAUGUUUGCUAUCUUCCUGCUCCGAUUCUUGAAAAUAUGAUAAUUGUUGAUACUCCUGGAACUAAUGUGAUUCUUCAACGGCAACAAAGGUUGACCGAAGAAUUUGUGCCGCGUGCAGACUUAAUACUUUUUGUCUUGUCUGCUGAUCGCCCAUUGACCGAAAGUGAGAUAACCUUUCUUCGUUACACCCAGCAAUGGAAGAAGAAAGUUGUUUUCGUUCUCAAUAAAGCUGACAUUUAUCAGAAUAAUGUUGAGCUUGAAGAAGCCAUUGGAUUUGUUGAGCAAAACGCACGUAAGUUGUUAAACGUUGAAACAAUUACAUUGUAUCCUGUGUCUGCUCGUGGUGCUCUGGAAGCAAAGCUUUUACAUGGCUCAAAUGCUGGAGAGCACAAUGGACAACUUACAACAAACUCUAAUUGGAGAAUAAGUAGCUUUAAUGAACUUGAAAAGUACUUGUUUAGCUUUCUGGAUGGAUCAACAAGUACAGGGAUCGAAAGGAUUAAGCUUAAGCUUGGAACCCCUCUUGCUAUUGCUGAGCAGUUACUGUCAUCCUGUCAGAAGAUUGUCAGAGAAGAGAACCGUAAAGCUAAACAGGAAUUGACAUCAUUAAAUAAACUAGUUGAUGGUGUGAAAGAAUAUGCACUGAAGAUGAAAAGUGAAAGCAUUUAUAGGGAGAGACAGAUGUUGUCCCUGAUUAAAUCUACCCAGUCACGGGCUGUCAAAGUUGUAGAAUCAACACUGCAGUUAUCAAAUAUCGAUAUUGUGGCCUCGUACGUAUUCAAGGGAGAAAAUUCUGCUGCGAUGCCGGGAACUUCAACUGUCCGGAAUGACAUUAUUGGGCCGGCAGUUUCUGAAGCGCAGGAUCUAAUCGGGGAGUAUCUGGCAUGGUUACAAUCAAGCAAUGCUCGUGAGGGAAUAUCUUUUAAAGAGGUUUUAGCAGAUAGAUGGGCAUCAUUUGUUGAUCCACCGAAACAGGUUCAACUUGAAAAUAAUCACUUGCUGGAGGCAAGAUGUGAUAACAGCAAGAAAGUGUUGGAGAAUUUCAGUGUUGCUGCUGCUUGUAAGUUGUUUGAUCAAGAAAUUCGUGAAGUGUUCUUAGGGACUUUUGGUGGACUAGGAGCAGCUGGUUUAUCUGCAUCCCUCCUGACAUCUGUGCUACCAACAACUUUGGAAGAUCUCCUUGCUCUGGGUAUUUGUUCUGCUGGCGGUUUUGUAGCAAUUUCCAAUUUUCCUGCCCGUAGGCAGGUGGUUAUUGGCAAAGUGAAGAGGGCAGGAGAUGCAUUAGCCCGUGAACUGGAAGAGGGAAUGCAGAGGGAUCUCUCUGAGACAAUUAAUAACUUUGAAAAGUACAUUAAGUUUAUGAGCGGGCCGUAUCAAGAAGUUCUAGAGCAAAGGCUGGAUAAACUCUCUGGCACUUUAGAUGAGCUCACAGACAUUGAGAACAAACUUCAAAAAUUGCGAAUUGAGCUUGAAAAUCUCCAUAUGGUGGAACUUUGA